UUCCGGGUACAAGUCAUGUGACUGAUGCGUGUGCUUUCAUUGGUCAGCUUCUGCUCCGUGUUUAUUUCCGGAAGUAAGUUGAUGUCAGUGUCAGACUUUCCACCACGAUUGUCAAACCUCGGAUCUUCAGCGCCGUAACGACAGGUGUGUCCACAUCCACAGGAUGGCACAUUGGUUUCACAGAAACCCACUGAAGGCAACAGCGCCGGUGUCCUUUAAUUUUUAUGGAGUGGCAGGGAGCCCCGCUGCCAAUAAGAUAUGCAAUGACCUAAGGACAACCAGGGCGAGACUGCUGGAGAUGUUCACUGAUGUCACCUGCAACCCUGAGAUCUUGAAAAAUGCCACAGAUGCUUACUUCUCCCUCUUACAAGGCUUUAUCGCAUCCUUGGAUGGAACUACACAAGAGAACAAGAUGAGGUUCAUCCAGAACUUCAAGUGGACUGACACCUUGCAAGGAAACACACCAAGUGCCCAGCAGGAUGCAGUCUUUGAACUGGUCUCUAUGGCCUUCAAUGUAGCCCUCUGGUACACUAAGUUUGCCUCCAGACUAGCAGGGAAGGAAAACAUAACAGAGCCAGAAGCGAAAGAUGUUCACCGUAGCCUGAAGGUUGCUGCUGGAAUAUUCAAAAACCUCAAGGAGGUUCACAUCCCUCGCCUCAUCACCCCGGCUGAAAAGGGCAGAGACCUGGAGCCCAGAGUGAUUGAUGCAUACAUCAUCCAAUGCCAAGCAGAAGCGCAAGAAGUGACAAUUGCCAGAGCGAUUGAGCUGAAGCACAAUGCCACACUCAUCGCAGCGCUGGCGUUCGAAACCGCAAACUUCUAUCAAAAAGCUGACCACACACUGAACACCUUGGAGCCAGAGUGCAGCAGCAAGUGGAGGAAGUAUCUUCAGCUGAAGCAGCACUUUUACAUGGCUUAUGCAUACUGCUAUCAUGGGCAGACACUGCUGGCAGGUGACAAGUGUGGUGAGGCUAUAAGAUCUCUCCAGGAAGCAGAAAAGUGUUACUCCCGUGCUGAGGCGCUGUGUAAAGAGUAUCGUCAGACCAAAGGCCCCGGCACCACGGCCAAACCGUCAGAGCAGCUGUUCUUCCUCAAACUGGGCGGCCUCAUUAAAAACACACUGGAGAAGUGCCAGAGAGAAAAUGGCUUCAUCUACUUCCAUAAGGUCCCAGCUGAAGCACCCCAGCUGGAGUUGAAGGCGAGCUACGGCCUGGCUGAGCCAAUCCCAUUCGAACUGCCGCCUCUCAGUGAGCAGUGCACCGCUGAAGUCUACGCCACCUUUGACCUGACAAAGGGAGCCAAAAAUGACAAGGCCAAACCCAAGGACGAGGAGGUGAAACCAGUGAAGGAACCAGAUUUGAAGCCUCAGAAGGACACAGGCUGUGUUAUCUCCUAAACUUUCCACAGAUUUUCAGCCUCUUGCUCCAGUACCAUCAACUAUAAUGAUGGGAUCCAUAUUUACUUCCAUGUAAACGUCCAUAGAAAAAUGUAUUUUUUUUUUGUGAGAUUAAUCCAUGGUGUUAUACAUUGAUGCUGAAACAUGUGUAUUGUAUUUGGGUAUGACUGCCAUCAUCACUGCAUUUAAACCAGAGCCAGUUAAACAUCAUAGUAUGUGGCCACAUCCUACAAACAACUCACAUUUAUGACAUUUAACACAAACAGCAUGUCUAUAAAGUAAACCUGAAGCUUUUCAUUUAACAGUUCUUUCAGCUUAUGGUUAGUAAUUACAUGUCAACUGAAAGAAUUGCUUUAAAUUAGGUCCUAAUCAUAAAUAAGCCUUAUGGGCAAUGUAGUUCUAUUAAUGGUGCCUUUGGCUGCAGGGUAAACCUGUUCACUGUGUCUCCUUACACAAGUGUCUGGGUUUUAAACCACUAGAGAGUAGAGCUCUGGACUGAUGAUAGAUGAUUUUUUUUUUUAAAUGGAAAUUGGCCUAUUAUACAAAAAAACCCUCAGGAUACAGACAAAAGAUGUAGUAGUAGCAUCUGAAAUGGAAAAAGUGAGACUUACAUUCACACAAUCACCCUGUAACAAAAAAUACUGUUAGAUGAUUGGAAUACAUUACAUAAUGAGAUAUGUUCAGAACUUCCUUUAAAAAACACACAAAAUAACAAAAUGAAGAGGACUGGAUGUGUUAUUGCUGGUACAGGUGUGUUUAGCUGUAGCAGUUUACAAUCAAUAUUUGAUUUAGAAGACAUGAUGUUUGUACUGUAGUUCUUUUUGUACAUGAAAUGACAUAGCUGUUUUUUCUACUUUGACUAUUCAUUUAAGGAAACUUUAUUACUGGUAAGGCUGAAUCAUGGUGUCCUUUUGGGGAUAUUAUCCCUGAUCGGUCUUAAUUUAUUUCUGUAGUUAUGUAAUGAUAGUUUAGUUUACAACGUAUAACACUUAUGACAGUAUACGCUUAUAUAUAGUUUGAAUCAUAUGUUUUUUUGGUGAUGUUGAUUUUCAUUGUUUCAGUGGAUACAUCAGAACAGCCAGUGAUAUAUACAAUAAUUAUUCCUGGUAACUUUUUGGUUGUUGAGAUUGCUGUUUUCAGUAGUUGACAUAAUGUAUGUGUCAUCUACUGAGUGUUGUCCUCUUUUUAAAGGCAAAGAUUGGGGGUGGAAGAACACACGAACACUUGUACUUUAUGUCCUAUUUAAGAGCUGCCUCAGCACCUUCACAAAAGUUGGUCCUAUUGUCAAAAUGAUCCCACUUAAUAUUGUCCCAUCAGGUGAAGUAUAACUAUCAAUUGCUGGAAACUUGUAUAAACUGUAAUAUACGGUUCACAUGUACUCAUUCACGUCCCUACAUGUAUAUUAGCUUACCUGAACUAGACUAGUGUGUGAAAAAGCUUACCUUCUUACUAAAUUUCUUCAUUUCACAUUGUAUUCACUUGUGCAGGGAUUUCAACUAGGACACUUUUCCUCUCGUGGUCUGGUUCGGUUUUAACUGACACAUUGGAUUAUUUCACUUGGAGCAGUGGAUUUAUUUGAGAAGCAGAAAUCAGAACAGAGCUAGCUCUUUAUUCUUUUUAAGGCAACUGUUUAUUAAAAGGGUGUGUCAAAUCAUCAUUACAGUAUACACUCCUGUAACUCAUUAUUCACCCUCUAAUGGUGUCUUUCAGGUAAAAUGUAUUUCAGAUGGUAUUAAAUCAUUCAUAAAACUCCA